AUGAUCAGAUUCUGGGAUCCGGCUUACCAGUGUUUCAUUUUCAAUCAAGAAGAUAUGACCCCAACCGUGGAAGAGUACGCUGCUUUACUUCGUAUUGAUAAUGUGCAAUUCUACAAGAUUUAUGUGAAUGAGCCCAAGCCAUUGACUUUCAAGAAAAAGCUGGUAAAGUUGACUGGCUUGACCGACACAUGGGCCGAGAAACAAAUAAAGAAAAAGAAUGAAAUCAGCUGUAUUUUAUGGUUUUCCCUGCAGGAUUUAGUCCUAAAUCAUCCCGAUAUUUUGAAGAGAGUGAAUCUGUUCGCUUUGGCCAUUUACGGAUUGGUCGUCUUCCCAAAAGUUCUGGGACAUAUAGAAGUUGCAGUAAUGGACUUUUUUGAAAAGUUAAAACAAGGAAUCAAUCCUAUCCCAACUAUUUUGGCCGAGACCCUCAGAUCCCUAAGCAGUUGUAGGAGGAAAGGGGAAGGACGCUUUAUCGGAUUUGCGCAAUUGCUUAAUGUUUGGAUUUUGAGCCAUUUCUGGAAAAUAGAGCGCACACCGUACCACAUGUUUUCAAAAACCAUCGCCCCGUUGGAAGCUUAUCUUGAGAGAGAAUGGCCAAAGGAUGUCACUGAAGAGCAUUGGGUUUCAGUUUUUCAGAACCUUCGAGCUGAAGAUGUAACUUGGAGAGCACCGUGGAUCCGCCCUUCGGUUCUGUUAUACAAGGUUGGAAACCAUGAUUGGGUGCCACUGCUCGGAUUAUGGGGAAGAGUAGGUUAUGCUUCGUUAUUGACCCAGAGGCAGUUUUCUUCGCGACAAUUCAUACCCACCACUGGAGGAUUAGCACAGUCCGAAUUUGCUUUCGCAGGCGAGGGUUAUAUAAAAAGGGCCCGAGAUACGGCGAAGUCUUGGAAGAAAAUUCAUCUAAUGGAAUUGGCUCUAUACACCGAUACUUUCACCCAGGAUUAUGAUGUAUAG